AUGGCGACCAUUUUGUGCAGAAAUGUUUUUCGUAUAAAUAUAAAGCCAGUUUCAGUCAGAGUUUUGCCUCAGCUGUCACGGUUGUUAUCAGAGAGUACCGGAAAAGUUGCAGCAUUUGAUGACCCUCGUGUUCAGCUUUUGUUGAAGAGAAUUACUGGGAGAAAUUUGGACAAAGUUCUUGCUAGCAGGCAUGAACGAGGUGUUGGAUUGCCGUCGUAUAAACUGUUAACUAAUGAGGAAUUAUCACUGGCUGAAAAGGAAAUUGAAAAAGAAGCUGAGAAAUAUCUUGAAAUGCCUGCAAUAAUGGAGGAAAGGAAGGACUCUAACAUUGUGUUAGAAAGCAGACCAGAUCUUGAAGGAUAUUCAGAAUGCAAUAUUGUUUUCACUGAUAUCAGUCAAGGCACAAAUAACAGGGAUCGACGCAUCGUUGUGCGCGAAUCGAAUGGCGGGCUUCGUGAAGCACGCUGGGAAGAGAGAGACAGAAUGAAUUUCUUGUUUUUCCAAAGAGAAGGUCAGAGUUACAAAAUGCCUCGUGUACUGGAAGAUGAAAAUAUGCAGAAUGCGUUCAACAGAGAUGGUCACGUUGGUAUCUUAGAUUUAGUUUGCGUUCAGUGUGAAGCCGAUUCUGCAGAAUAUAUCAAGGUACAUCAGCGAACGUAUGAGGAUAUAAACAGAACCAGAUCGUUUGACCUUCUUCGUUCAACUAGACAUUUUGGAGGCUUGGUUUACUACCUUACCAAGCAGAAAAUACUGACUUGGCUCUUGGUUGACAUUCUAAAGAGAGAUCUUAUUUCCGACGCUUGUGAUGUUAUUCAACUAUUUCACAUACUUCAUCCUGAUUCAAAAAGUGCAGCGAUUGCCAGACAGGAGGGGUUAGGAGGACUGGAUUUAAUUAAGGUUUACCUCGAAGCUGAAGGCCCUCGUGGCUUACUCCAAUUUCUGGAGGAUGAUAAAAAGACCAUAAAAUCAACGUGACAUGCAGUAAUGAAUGACUGACUACUGUGUUGGUGAAUAACGGCGCGUUGAUGGGUUUCAGUUCUCGCAAAACACUUGGUCGACCUAGGGCUAACAUGCUUCAAGAAAGAACACAAGUUGUAUAGCCUCAUAUGUGCAUUUUUUUUGUAACGUAAGGCUAGACGAAGUACGAGCCAUGUCACCAGCAUAAACAUGUGAGGAUGUAAUAGCAAGUUGUAGAAUUGCUAUAGCAAGAGAUGUAGAAUUGAUGUAAAUAAGUGGAUCUCACUUGUAAAAGAAAUUUUCAAAUAUAUCGGCGAUGAGGUACCAGCAUAUCAGCCCGAAAUAGCACGUGCGAAAUGCCAUCUCGCAAAAUAAUUGGAA